AUGUUUUCACAUUUAUCUGAUUAUCAAUUGAUUGAAAGUCCUCAUUCACUUUACCAAAAUGCAAUUCACAUAAAAAGCAAAAGGAAUGUGUUGAUUCAUAUGUUUAGUGUUGACGAACAAAAGGUUGGAUCAGACUUUUCAGGUAGAUUAACCAGUUUUGUAAAGGAUCUCGAUCAUCUCCAUAUUGUCAGGGUCUAUGAGAUUUUUGAAGAAAAGCCAAAUCUCUUCAUUGUUCUUGAGUCUAGAAAUGCCUGGAAUAGACUCUCUGACUCAUUGACAUCCACCGAGUGGAAACAGUACAGUGUUGCUACUUUCGAGGAUUUGGCACGUCGUCUCUUCCAACAGCUGGUUUCCGCUAUCGAUUUUUACCAAUCAAACAUUGUGAUGAAACAUGGUGAUAUCGUGCUGGCACCCGGUAUUAACGAUAAGGACCAUCGACACUUGACAGCUGACUCGAUUCUCUAUGACCCUCAGACCAAGUCAUUGGCGAUACACCCACUGGAUCUCUAUGUAAAUACAAUCAGCCUGCAACCAUAUGAUUAUGUCCAUUCAUGUGGAGAGGUACUCUACGAGAUACUCUAUCCAGAUCGUUACGAUCCUAAAGAAAUUCGUCUUCAUCCAUGGUUCAAUAUUGGUCUUCCUUCCUAUUUGUAUAAAAAUAAUAACCAUUUGAAACCAUCUCAUAAUACAGGCAGAAGUAUUUUCGAUGAACCAAGAUCACUUGAUCACUUGACAACAUUUGAUUAUAAAUCAGUUGUAAAGAGAAUAAAGAAUCAAGGUUUAGACUCACUUGAAAACUUUCAAUUCUUUUGUAGAAAUGCAGAGCCAAUCAAGAUGGAUAUCAAUUGGAUUGACUUGGCAACUAGAGUUGGACUGUCUGUUCUAAAAGUAGAGCAUUUGCAAAAGAUCUUAGAGUGUGAUCCGUCCACAAAGAUUUUGGUCUUUUAUCUUUUGAUACAAAUAAUCAAGUCUUUCACCUUUAUAGUUGAUGACAGCUCUGAAAAUGAAAAGAAAUCACUUGAAUUUACAAAUUAUUUCAUUUCUCUUUACCAUGAAAUGGCAAAGUCUCCACCACCCCCAUCGACUGCUCAAUCACCAGAUGUCAAAUCGGAUACCAAUAGCCAUGGUGAUCCAAACAAACCGCACUCACUUAAGCUAGUUGGAUCUGCCAAGAGACAUUUAUCUUAUUCCACAGUUCAUACCAAUUCAACAACAAUGAAACUACCAGAUUAUAAUGAUAUAGUACUGUUAACAGAUACUGAGCAGAAUCAAUGUGGUGGAUUUUGGUUGGAUGGCCCAAUUCAACUUAAAGAUGGAUUCAUUUGUAGUUUUAUUUUCACAUUAAAUCCAAUGCCAAAUGAGAAGAAGGGUGCUGAUGGAUUUGCAUUGGUCAUACAAUCGGAAUCAAAUACUGCAUACCAACCAAGUGCACUUGGUUCAAAAAAGGGUUACGGAAUGUUUAUAAACUGUGUUGCCAUCGAGUUUGAUACAUAUAGAGCAUAUCCAAACCAUUUCAUUUCAAUACAAUCUAGUGAUAAGAACCCAAAUGAUACAUCUGGUGUUUGUGAGCAGCAACAUUCCCUUACUGAUCGUUUCAUCACCAAUAAUAUUGGAGUUGAAAUGAACGAUGGAAAAGAUCACCAAGUGGUAGUCGUCUAUCUCAGAGAGUCGAUAACUGUUUUCGUGGAUGGAAAAACAGUAUUCAAAUGCUUCGAUCACGAUGUCCUCAAGGCUGUAGUUGGCACAGAGACAAAACCAGUCUAUAUUGGAGUUACGGGUGCCACUGGAGGUAUUUGUCAAAGACACUUCAUAAGUCUAUUUUCAUUCCAAACCUACAAUCAUAAAUUAUUUAUCAAACCUCUUGAUAAGAGUCUUGUUAUAACCGAGAAAUUUGGAUCCAAUUGCAAUAGGAUUGUUGAUGUAUUCCGUUGGAUUGACUUCAAGUUGGUUGGUGAUUCCAAGGAGGUCAACGAAUUAAAUCCACAUGUCAGUUUCUCUCGUGGUGCAAUCUGGUCAAAAGACCAAUUUAAACUUAAAGAUGGUUUCAUUUCAACUUUCAAGAUUGGAUCCUCUUCUUCCAAUGGUCAAGUUGAUAAUCCAUUUUCAUUCGUUUUACAACCACUCUCCAAUUCUGAAUACACUCCUAGCCAAUCACAGAGUUUUGUCAUCAAGUUUGAAAAGGAUACGGUAUCUCUCUAUCUCCAUAGCACUUUGAACAAAGAGUCACACUAUCCAUUCUUUUCAUAUAUGACACCUGGUCUGAACGUCGAUGAUAAUGAAGAUCACGAUAUUGUUGUGCGUUAUACUGGUUCCAGAUUAACACUCUCCAUUGACAAUGUUGUUAUCAUUGAACAAUUGGACUUUAACAUCCAAAAGUUUCUGAACCACAACUCACCCUAUAUUGGUAUUUCGGCCUCAAUUUCCAAUGGAAAAUCACACCAACUAAAAUAUUUUUCCAAUUUGGUUUUCGUUAUUGACCAGAAAUUUGUGAAUGACCACAUUGGAUAUGAGAUAAUGGAGUUACUAUUCUUGGCCAAUCCACAUAACAUCAGAAGUCAUUUCAUAGACCAACAACCAAUGAAUACAUUUUUCACGCCCAUCGAAAUAUUAGAGAGUAAUAUUGGAGAUAUAAGCCAAUACGAUAGACUCUAUGCAAUGGCGGAACAGAAUUUCUUAUUCUCUCAAAAGACAAAAUCUCAGAUCAUUGAGAGAGCAUCUGGUCAGAGUGAUAGUAAAUAUUUGGAUUUACUAAGUAUGAUUCCAGUAGAUCAAAAUGAUACCGAUCUACUUCUACACAAUGUAAUGUCAACUACCAAGACAGUUACUCCAGUAACCAUACGUAUUCUCUCAAAUGCAAUUGAUGAAUCAGGUUUGGAUCAAAAAGAUGGAAAGAGCAACAUCUUUGUCAAAUACUAUCAAUAUAUUUGGAAUGCAUUUUCCAAAAAUAACAUCAAGGAAUUGAUGGAAAACCACAGUCUCUACACUGAACUUCUUGAUAUAAUCGCUGUUAUUCUUUCAAAUGGAUUCAAUGAUAUCCCAGAAAAAGUAGUACAGUCUCUCUUUGAUAGUCUAUCGUUCUGCAUUUCGAAUCCAUCGAAACAAAAUGAUACCUAUUCUCAAACCAUUUCCAGUCUUAUUAAAAGAUUACCUCAAACUCCAUCUUUGGUUGCAAUGUACCAGUCCUUUGUUAGGUCAUUGGAUUUCAACACCAAAACAAUCAUCUCGAUUAUUUCAAUGUUCCCAUUCCAUUUUACAAAUAAUGAAGAUGUCAUUCAACUCUUUGCAGAGUACACCAACAAACUCUUUAAGUUCUUGGAAAUCAAAUCAUCUCAAUCUCAGAGGGAUUUCGAUAUAGCUGUGCUUGUGAUAAAGAUCAUGCAUCUUCAUAUCCAAUUGGUUAUCAAAGUCACUCAGGAGACUAUUGAUAGACCACCCUUAGAGACACUACAGAUGUUGUUACUUGUCGUAACCAAGAGCUAUUCAUCUUAUCUUGACGAUGACGAAGGAUCCGAAAGUGAAAACGAUGAAAAAGAGGAAGAAAUCAUUGAUAGUCAAAUCGAAUUGGAUCUUUCGAAAUAUUCCAAGAUUAUGGAAAGAUUUUCGACUAUAUCAGAGGAGAAUAUUUUCUAUUUGAUAGAUAUUCAGACUACAUUUAGAUAUCCUCUUAAGAGUCUCACUGAAAUCCUUUCCAUUCUCAAUGUGGAAUUAAAGUUCACUGAUAUCAACCGGUUGGUUCAACUUGAAUUAGCUGAAACACCUCUCGAGUACAUCAGACUCCAAUGGAUCAAGUCAAUUCAUCCAUUUUCCAAGCUAGAGGAUCCUGCUUUAAAUCAAAUGAAAAAGUUUGGAUAUCAAACUCUACUCUGGCUAAUUGAGUGUAUCAAAGAUGAGGCAAAACUACAAGAGUUUUCAAAUUAUCUUGGAUUAUUCUCUCAAUUCGAAAUCGAUGGAUUUGAAUCGGACUAUCUUAUUUCAAGUUCCUUUAAUGAGAACAACAACCUAAAUCAAUGGAAACAGUCACUUGGUGAAUUUGUUAUCAAUCAAUAUUAUAUGGAUGUUAGUUUCAAAGAAUACUCGGAUUCUGAAUUAUUUUUGGAGCUAAAGUCCAAAAUGGCAGAGUUACUAUUCACUGGUGACUGGACAUUGGCAACGAUUGAACCCCUAAUUCAAAAGACACUCGUCAAUCCAACCACAAUCAAUUCAGAUCUAAUGAAAACAUCAAUUAGAAUUCUGCAUACCAUUCUUAACUAUCAAUUAAGUAAAGAUGAUUGUAACUCUAGAUUUGAUACUGUUUCAUCAUUCUUUACAUAUCCUAUCAACUACCAAGCAGAGAAAUUCGAGGAAUUAGUAUUGGAUAAAUUCUUUGUGCCAAGUUAUCACAAGAAUAUCAUCCAGUUGAUUAAAGAAUUUAAAGUUGUUAAUUCAACAUUCCCAACUCUUAUAUUGCUCAAUCAAUAUCAUCAAGUAAAUGUUAGAAUCAACAAUGGUGACAAUUUCAUCGACCCAAUGAUGUUGCAACAAGGGAUCUACUCUGUUUUGAAAAUUGACGAGCAAUUAAGUAUUCUUAUAAAGGCAUGUCAAGAAACAAUGAAAAUUAAAAUCAGAGAGACACAGGUUAUUGCCAUGCUUCUUCUGAUGAGUAAGCCAAACAACUCUGGAAGGUUACUUCAAAUGAAUACUGGUGAAGGUAAAUCAUUGGUCAUUGCAAUGUUGACAGCACAUUUGGCACUACUUGGACAUGUUGUCGAUGUUAUUACAACUACUUCAGAGUUGGCAGUACCACGUUUUACACAAGCCAUUCCAUUAUUUAUGAAAUUGAAAUUGGCAGAGUAUAUACCAUUGUUGGAUUUCAAGAUUAAGUAUUCUGGAAUUAGUGAAUAUCAAAGUCGUCUCCUACAGAAUAGAUUCAACCAUUCAGAGGACUCCUUUAACACCAAUAAUCGAUUUGCAAUUCUAGAUGAAGUCGACUCUAUGCUUCUGGAUGGUAACGAUUCAGUUGUCAUGCUGACAGGUCCAACACCAGGUAUCGAUUGUUUGAUUCCAAUCCUUGCAUCGAUUUGGGUUCAAAUGGAGCACAUAGAGAAUAAGAUUGCAUUUUCAGAUGAUGGAGAACUAUGCUAUGUCGAUGAAGUUAGCCGUGACGCAAAUGGAAAUCUUAUAUCAGAGGAUCAGCAAACCUACGAGUUCUACCCUAUCCAAGGUGAACCUGAAGAGUUUAUAAAGCUAUCUACAGAAGAACAUAUUCGAAAGAUCAUUAGGGACACUGAUGGUCUAUCGAAAAUGAAUAUUGCCCAAGCAAGAAAGACCAUUCCCAACGAUUAUCCUCGACAAAACAUUCCAAAUCAUUUACAAUCACUUGUAAAAGAGAGUUUAGUAAGCAAAUGGAUUGAUAGUGCGUACACAGCGAAAUUCGAGAUGGAGGUAAACAAACAUUACAUUCUAGAUAACAAGGAAAUCAAGUCUGUAGAUGCUUUGAAUUCAGAGAAAUUUGUAAUCAACACCAAGUGGAGAAAUGGACUUCAGCAAUUCCUUCAGCUUAAACAUGGUGUCAAGAUCACUCCAGAAAACCUCACAUCCAACUUUAUUUCCAAUAUUUCCUAUAUCAAACUAUACAAAAACAACUUGUUUGGUCUUUGUGGAACACUUGGCGCACCAGAGGAAAGAACUCUGCUUCAAAAUACCUAUAAUGUAGACUCUAUUGUCAUUCCACCAUUUAUGAACAAACAAAUGGUUGAAACCAAACCAAUUGUUGUUCAUGAAGACAAUAUGGAUAAAUGGUAUAGUUCUAUUGUGUUCCAAACUCUAUCGAUGAUAUCAUCCAGAAGGGCGGUAUUAAUCAUUGCUGAAUACAUAUGUCAAGUAGACGGACUCAAUACUCGACUAUCCAAAGUUAUUCCAACCAACCAAAUCAAACUAUAUAAAUUUGGAAAUGAACCAUUUGUCAUUGAUAGACCUGUUCUUCCCGGUGAAGUCAUUAUCUCUACCAGUAUGGCGAGCAGAGCUAUCGAUUUAAAUUCAGAUAAAAUUGAAUCGUUUGGUGGACUUCAUAUUUGUAUGACACAUAUCCCAAAGAGCGAAAGAGUAUUGCAAGAGAGCUUUGGAAGAACAUCAAGAACCGGUAAUAGAGGAACUGUUCAAUUCAUUCUCUUGGAUCAAGAGCAAAAUAGUUCAUUCGAUCAAAUCAAACUCUGUAGAUCAGAGCUUGAGUCCAAGAAAUUGAAGAGUGCAGUCACAGAAAUUCAACAAAUUUCCAAAAAAGACAACAUCUUUGGCAGAUACUGUAAAUACAGAGAAUCAAUUGCCAACAAUUACAAAACGAAUGGAGCGGAAUACAUACUUCAAGGACUGGAUGAGAGAUUUGCCAUUUGGUUUAAAAAGUAUGAAGAUAUCACCAUUGAUUUAUCUACCGAUCCAUAUCCAGAUUUCGAAAAGAAAUUAAUCAACGAGUUGAAUCAAUCGAAUGUCAUCACCAAUCCAUACUUUUACAUCAUGCGUGGAAAUUACCUUUGCGUAAAUAACAAGGACCAAGAGGCAUACAAUGAAUACACCAAAGCAAUUCAAAUUGAAUCGAACUUCAUUGCCAAUGCAUACUACAAUCGUGCACAUACUAUUUUGAAAAUGGACAAGCAGCGAUCUUGGGAAACCAACACAUCGAAACCAAAUCCAAUUGAAGAUCUCAAGGCUGCCAAACGUGUGAUCGAAGACACUCUUGAAUCACAGUGGUUUAUCUUAACUCAGGCAUCAGACUCACCUAUUUUGGCUGUUCAAGUUCGUAACAUUAUGUAUCUCUACGGAAUGUUGAAGGGAACCAUUGAAGAUUUAAUUGGAUACCAAGACUACGACAAAGAUAAAGCAACAUUAACCAAAGAGAUGAACGAAAGAAAAGGUCUUACAGAGAAGGAUAAAGAAGAAAUCAGAAAAGAAAUUUUGGAUUUGGAAAAGCGUAGAGACACAAAAGGACUCAUUCAAGUUGGAGCUGAAGGUACAAUCGAUACUGUCAAAUUAUUGACCUUUAAUCAACUAUUACCUGAAGGUGAAGAUGAAAGACAAUUUAAAGAUGAAUUCAAAUUGUUCUCUAUUGAUGGUUAUAUGGGCUGCAUUCGUUUGGAUAUCAAGUUACCGAAGCCUGGUAUUCAAUGGUUCAGUGUCAUUGGAUUGGUUCUUCUUGGUGCAGCUCAAUUUGUUGCAGGUGCAGUAAUCACUGUUUUCACAGAAGGAAUUGGCUCACCAGUUGGUGUACCUCUCAUGGCAGAAGGUAUUUCCGAUAUCAUUACCGCAAUACAUGAAGGAGUCAUUGAUAGAACCUUUAGCUGGAAACAAUGGGGAAUUGAAAAGGCAAUUAGUGUCACUGUUUCUUUGAUUACUGCAGGACUUGGUUCGCUUAAAGCUGUUGGAAAGGUUGCCGUCCAGGCAGGAAAGAAGGUAUUCUCCAAAGCAUCUGGCAAGAUAUUAGCAAAUGCUUCAAGAAAGUAUGCAUAUAGUGGUUUGCUUAAGUAUGGUGCAAAAUCAGUGACUGCCAAACAAUUGAUCAAGAAAACAAUGGCAAUUGCAAUAAGAGACCAAGCUAUCGAGUAUUCAUUAACACAAGGACUUAACUAUGUUAGUGACCAGCUUUUUAUUCCAACUCUAAUCAAAUUCAUCAAAUCAGAGAUUCAUCCAAUCAUUCAACAACGUUUCAAUGGAAAUCAAAAACUCAAGGGUUUGAUGACAAAUGAAGUAGAUGAACAUUUGGUAUCUAAUAGACUAUCGGCAUUGAUUGAAACUGAAGAGGAAGGAAUAUUCUAUAAGAUUUCCACAGGUAUCGCAAGUGGAUUGAUACAUAGCAAAUCUGUCAAGAUAUCUAUUCUAUUUGAUAUUCUCAAAGCUUUGAAGGCGGCCAACGAUCUCAGAACCAUGUUGCCAGAAUUUUUGGAUAAAUCAGACAAGGAAAUUGAAAAGGCAACCACUGCUAAACCAUUAAACAGUACUGUUCAAGCAAGAAUUGAUCAAUUGGUAGACAAUAUGGUUAAUCUAUUGGCCAUUCAAAUGUCAGAUCAAAUCAAAUUCUAUAUGGUCAAUCCAAUUAGUAGAAGGGUUGCAAAUCAUAUUGUUACCAAAUCUUUCAAGGGUGACAAUAAGCAACAUCAAGAUGCUCUGCAAGCAUACUACUCUUCGGUUAUUCAACAAAAGAUUGCUAAUGGUAAAACACCUUUGGCACCCAUCACACAUCUAGAUGAAAAUCAAUCUAAACAAUUGGUAGACCAACAAAUCGAGAAUGUAAAGAAAGAAGGUGAACUUGGAAUUGUCCAUUUUGAAGCACUGAGCAGCAUACUCAAACAACCAAUUGUUAUCCACGAUGAAAAUGGAGAUGUUACAGUUUAUAACAGUUCAACAAACAAGGAUCAAAUGCCACCAAUUGAACUUGAAUAUGUCCCACCCAACAAAGAUAACAAGAGUGGUCAUUGGAUUCCAAAAGGAGAGGAUCACUCUUGGAAACUUCCAGGAGGAGGCAAGAAAAACAAUUGCUCACUUGAUGCAAUCAUCUAUAGUAGAGAAAGAGAUGGUAUCCACAAUGAUUUCGACCAAACUCUCCUCAGAAGCAAAUUGGUGGCUUUCAUGGAGAGUCCGAGCGGAAGAACUUCACUCAACAAACAAGCCUACUAUAUCAAGGUACUAGAGGAGACCAAGAAGCACUGGUUGUAUGAAGGAGGUUCUAGAAUAAAGACCAAGAGAAUUAGAGCUAAAGGCAAAAUCAAGUAUAGUCUAUUAGGAAAAAUGACUGUCAAUUUUGCAAAACUAGAUUGGAGAAAACGAUUCCAGAGCAAAGGAAAAGGAGGACUACAUGAAUUGAUCCCAAUGAAUAUGAGAGCCAAGAAUGGAGUAUGCGAUCAAAUCAUGAGUAAUUGUCAACCGGCUGCCAGUAAACUCCUAAUUAAGUUCCUCAACGAGGGAAGAAUACACACUGCUGCCGUCCUAUUCAGAGGUACCAAAGCGAACAAAUUAGUUGACGGUGCCAUGCAUUCGAGCAAUAUAAAAUCCAUUUUUACGACUCAGACCCAAUCCCAAUUUCAUGACCUUCUUAGGAAGCCACUACAAGAUUUGCUAAAAGAAACCAAGGGUAAAGGCAAAACGGUCACAAUAGCUCAAAUCAAAAAUACAAUCAAGUCUAUUGUGCAAACUCAGUUGGAUAAUACUUAUAGUGGCAAGCAAAAACCAGAUAAAUAUCUAAACCACAUAAUGACUAAUGCUCAAAGACUGGGAUUCAAUUAUUUUGUAUCAAUCAAUCGUGAUUACCUCAAGAAAUUGGCAAGAUCAUACAAAGUUACAUUGGACAAGCCAUCACCAACUAUUGGACCAGCUAAACCAAAAGACACAAUGGAUAUCGAGUUCAAAUUGCCAUAA